GCUGGGCGCACUAUGCGUGUGCGCUUCUCCCUACUCGUUCCGCGCCUGGAGGCGGAUCCCCUUCCUUGCACACAAGUCCUUAUAUGCACCGGUUGCACCAGCCUGCGUUACUCCAGCCCCACAAAUAAUUAAUGGGGGAGAGAGCGCCAGAUUCUUUUUUCUCUGGCUUUUUUUUUUCAGCACUCGAGCAUUUGAACCUCACCGAGAAACCCCAAGAUGCAUGCGAUUGAAGGGCCAUUUUGCUGCAGUGCACGAAUCGGACACACAAAAAUAGAGCUUGAUUGCCCACAAUAAGCCCGUCAAGGUUCAGGAACAGCCCUUCUGAUUCUGUCCGAUUAGCCCGCAAAAGCCUGGGCGGAAAGGGUGCGCGCCCCUCCCCCAUCCACGCUGGUGCAGAGGGACCGGGUCAGGAAGCGCGGCCUCUCCCCAGUCGGAGACCACGCCUCCCCGCCUCUCUUUUUUUCCCCCCCUUUACUCCUCCCAGGAAGCGGUGAUAGACAGUUCUGUGUGGUUCUCCACCCCCACCCUCCCCCUGCUGAGUGGAGGAGUUGAUGUGUCUCAUUAUAACAGCGAAUGCAGCCGCCAUCCACGCACAAGCAAAGAAGCAUGUCCCAUUUAAAUACACCCACGCAGCCCCAGCGCCCUUAGCCGAUCGGGGCGCUCAGCCCACACGCGCCGCGGCUCCGGGCUUGGAGAUCCGCGCCGGCUGGGCUCCCGGACCCGGCGGACAGACGCGCGGAGGAGCGGGAUCCGGCGCCGCGGGGCUGUGGUGGGCGGGGGAGGCUGGGCCCCGGGCCUCUGGCGCGACACCCGCAUGAGGACGCGAGUGAAAUAGACCAAGGUGGAAUUUCCAAGGGAGAAGCUUCGGGGUGGUUUUGGUCCAUUUCUCCAGCGAAGAAGUAGACAUGGCGAGCGACUCCCCGGCUCGCAGCCUGGAUGAAAUCGAUCUCUCGGCUCUGAGGGAUCCUGCAGGAAUCUUUGAAUUGGUGGAACUUGUUGGAAAUGGAACAUAUGGGCAAGUUUAUAAGGGUCGUCAUGUCAAAACGGGCCAGCUUGCGGCCAUUAAAGUUAUGGAUGUCACAGGGGAUGAAGAGGAAGAAAUCAAACAAGAAAUUAACAUGUUGAAGAAAUAUUCUCAUCACCGGAAUAUUGCUACAUACUAUGGUGCUUUUAUCAAAAAGAACCCUCCAGGCAUGGAUGACCAACUCUGGUUGGUGAUGGAGUUUUGUGGUGCCGGCUCUGUCACUGACCUGAUCAAGAAUACAAAAGGUAACACGUUGAAAGAAGAGUGGAUCGCAUACAUCUGCAGGGAGAUACUACGGGGGCUGAGUCACCUGCACCAGCAUAAAGUGAUUCAUCGAGAUAUUAAAGGACAGAAUGUCUUGCUGACUGAAAAUGCAGAAGUUAAACUAGUGGACUUUGGAGUCAGUGCCCAGCUUGAUCGAACAGUGGGCAGGAGGAAUACUUUCAUUGGGACUCCCUACUGGAUGGCACCAGAAGUUAUUGCCUGUGAUGAAAACCCAGACGCCACAUAUGACUUCAAGAGUGACUUGUGGUCUCUGGGAAUCACCGCUAUCGAGAUGGCAGAAGGUGCUCCCCCUCUCUGUGACAUGCACCCCAUGAGAGCCCUGUUCCUCAUCCCCCGGAAUCCAGCGCCUCGGCUGAAGUCUAAGAAGUGGUCAAAAAAAUUCCAGUCGUUUAUUGAGAGCUGCUUGGUAAAGAAUCACAGCCAGCGACCAGCGACAGAACAACUGAUGAAGCAUCCAUUUAUACGAGACCAACCUAAUGAGCGACAGGUCCGCAUUCAACUCAAGGACCAUAUUGAUAGAACAAAGAAGAAGCGAGGAGAAAAAGAUGAGACAGAGUAUGAAUACAGUGGAAGUGAGGAAGAAGAAGAGGAGAAUGACUCAGGAGAGCCCAGCUCCAUUCUGAACCUGCCAGGGGAGUCCACGCUGCGGCGGGACUUCCUGAGGCUGCAGCUGGCCAACAAGGAGCGUUCCGAGGCCCUGCGGCGGCAGCAGCUGGAGCAGCAGCAGCGGGAGAACGAGGAACACAAGCGACAGCUGUUGGCCGAGCGCCAGAAGCGCAUCGAGGAGCAGAAGGAGCAGCGGAGGCGGCUGGAGGAGCAACAAAGGCGAGAGAAGGAGCUGCGGAAGCAGCAGGAGAGGGAGCAGCGCCGGCACUACGAGGAGCAGAUGCGCCGGGAGGAGGAGAGGAGGCGCGCGGAGCAUGAGCAGGAAUACAUCAGGCGACAGUUAGAGGAAGAGCAGAGACAGUUAGAGAUCUUGCAGCAGCAGCUACUGCAUGAACAAGCUCUACUUCUGGAAUAUAAGCGCAAACAGUUGGAAGAACAGAGACAAGCAGAGAGACUUCAGAGACAGCUAAAGCAAGAGAGAGACUACUUAGUUUCCCUUCAGCACCAGCGGCAGGAGCAGAGGCCGGUGGAGAAGAAGCCACUGUACCAUUACAAAGAAGGGAUGAGUCCUAGUGAGAAGCCAGCGUGGGCCAAGGAGGUAGAAGAACGGUCAAGGCUCAACCGGCAGAGUUCGCCUGCCAUGCCUCACAAGGUUGCCAACAGGAUAUCUGACCCCAACCUGCCCCCAAGGUCGGAGUCUUUCAGCAUUAGUGGAGUUCAGCCUGCUCGGACGCCCCCUAUGCUCCGACCAGUUGAUCCCCAGAUCCCACAUCUGGUGGCUGUGAAAUCCCAGGGCCCCGCCUUGACCGCCUCCCAGUCAGUGCACGAGCAGCCCACGAAGGGCCUCUCCGGGUUUCAGGAGGCGCUGAGCGUGACCUCUCACCGCGUGGAGAUGCCGCGCCAGAACUCAGAUCCCACCUCUGAAAACCCUCCGCUCCCUACGCGUAUCGAAAAGUUUGACCGAAGCUCUUGGUUACGGCAGGAAGAAGACAUUCCACCAAAGGUGCCUCAAAGAACAACUUCUAUAUCUCCAGCGUUAGCCAGAAAGAAUUCUCCUGGGAAUGGUAGUGCUCUGGGACCCAGACUAGGAUCUCAACCCAUCCGAGCAAGCAACCCUGAUCUCCGGAGAACCGAGCCCAUCCUGGAGAGCCCCUUGCAGAGGACCAGCAGUGGCAGUUCCUCCAGCUCCAGCACCCCCAGCUCCCAGCCCAGCUCCCAGGGAGGCUCCCAGCCUGGAUCGCACGCGGGAUCCAGUGAACGCACCAGAGUUCGAGCCAACAGUAAGUCAGAAGGAUCGCCUGUGCCCCCCCAUGAGCCUGUCAAGGUGAAGCCAGAAGAGUCCAGGGACAUCACCCGGCCUAGUCGACCAGCUAGCUAUAAGAAAGCUAUAGAUGAGGGAGAAAUGGAUCUGACAGCAUUAGCCAAAGAAUUAAGAGAACUGCGGAUUGAAGAAACAAACCGCCCACUGAAGAAGGUGACCGAUUACUCCUCUUCCAGUGAGGAGUCUGAGAGCAGUGAAGAAGAGGAAGAAGAUGGAGAGAGUGAGACCCAUGAUGGGACAGUGGCUGUCAGCGACAUACCCAGACUGAUACCAACAGGAGCUCCGGGGAGCAACGAGCAGUACAAUGUGGGAAUGGUCGGGACGCAUGGGCUGGAGACCUCUCACGUGGACACUUUCAGCAGCAGUAUUUCAAGAGAAGGAACCUUGAUGAUUAGGGAGACAUCUGGAGACAAGAAGCGAUCUGGCCACAGUGACAGCAAUGGCUUUGCCGGCCACAUCAACCUCCCAGACCUGGUGCAGCAGAGCCAUUCUCCGGCUGGGACCCCGACCGAGGGACUGGGGCGUGUCUCUACCCAUUCCCAGGAGAUGGACUCUGGGACUGAGUAUGGCAUGGGGAGCAGCACCAAAGCCUCCUUCACCCCGUUUGUGGACCCCAGAGUGUACCAGACAUCUCCCACUGAUGAAGACGAAGAGGAUGAGGAAUCAUCAGCCACAGCUCUGUUCACUAGCGAACUUCUUAGGCAAGAACAGGCCAAGCUCAAUGAAGCAAGAAAGAUUUCAGUGGUGAACGUCAACCCAACCAACAUUCGGCCUCACAGUGACACACCAGAGAUAAGAAAAUACAAGAAACGGUUCAACUCAGAAAUACUCUGUGCGGCUCUGUGGGGUGUAAACCUUCUGGUGGGAACUGAAAAUGGCCUGAUGCUCUUGGACCGAAGUGGGCAAGGCAAAGUCUAUAAUCUGAUCAACCGGAGGCGAUUUCAGCAGAUGGAUGUGCUAGAGGGACUGAAUGUGCUUGUGACAAUUUCAGGAAAGAAGAAUAAGCUACGGGUGUACUAUCUUUCAUGGUUAAGAAACAGAAUACUACAUAAUGACCCAGAAGUGGAAAAGAAACAAGGCUGGAUCACUGUUGGGGACUUGGAAGGCUGUAUACAUUACAAAGUUGUUAAAUAUGAAAGGAUCAAAUUUUUGGUGAUUGCCUUAAAGAAUGCUGUGGAGAUAUACGCUUGGGCUCCUAAACCGUAUCAUAAGUUUAUGGCAUUUAAGUCUUUUGCAGAUCUCCAGCACAAGCCUCUGCUAGUUGAUCUCACAGUAGAAGAAGGUCAAAGAUUAAAGGUUAUUUUUGGUUCACACACUGGUUUCCAUGUAAUUGAUGUUGAUUCAGGAAACUCUUAUGAUAUCUACAUACCAUCUCAUAUUCAGGGCAAUAUCACUCCUCAUGCUAUUGUCAUCUUGCCUAAAACAGAUGGAAUGGAAAUGCUUGUUUGCUAUGAGGAUGAGGGGGUGUAUGUGAACACCUAUGGCCGGAUAACUAAGGAUGUGGUGCUCCAGUGGGGAGAAAUGCCCACGUCUGUGGCCUACAUUCAUUCCAAUCAGAUAAUGGGCUGGGGCGAGAAAGCUAUUGAGAUCCGGUCAGUGGAAACAGGACAUUUGGAUGGAGUAUUUAUGCAUAAGCGAGCUCAAAGGUUAAAGUUUCUAUGUGAAAGAAAUGAUAAGGUAUUUUUUGCAUCCGUGCGAUCUGGAGGAAGUAGCCAAGUGUUUUUCAUGACCCUCAACAGAAAUUCCAUGAUGAACUGGUAACAGAAGAGCACUUGGCACUUAUCUUCAUGGCGUUAUUUCUAAUUUAAAAGAACAUAACUCAUGUGGACUUAUGCCAGUCUAGAGGCAGAAUCAGAAGGCUUGGUUGAACAUAUCGCUUUCCCCUUUUCCUCUCCCUCCACCCGUCCCAGCACAGUCCAUCUUUCAAUGUUGCAGCCUGGUUGAGAAGGAGAGAAAAAGGUGGCAGGAAUUUCCAGGAGAUUCCCAAGAAUGCUGCCUUGUCUGUGGACAGAGAUGGACCAUGUGCCCUUCGGAGUUAGGGAUAAAAACAAAUAUUGUGUGCUCUUAUGAUUAAGCUGUGUUAUAGUGGGGUUUUGAGGUUUUGUUUUUUUUUUCUUUUUUUACCUUUUUUCUUUAUACCCUCUUACUCUGUAAGAAUGGGGAGAGAAUGCAUACUGAGAAAAUGAGUCUGUUUUUAAUUCCGUCUGCCUGCUAGCUUUAAGUAUACGGUAUGUUGUAAAAUUUCCAAUUUCCAGUGGUGAGAGACAGCACAAUAAAUGUACCUUAUCUCCUUACGCUGAAGGUCAAAACUGCAUAGUGGGGUAAUUUAAGGACGCUCUUGCCUUCACCAACCCAAAAGGUUGCUUUUUGAUGGCAACUGGCUAAUGAAUUUUUAAGAGAAGAAAGAUACUAGUUUUCCCCUCUUUUGGGAAAUAGCUUUUAAAUGGCUAAACUACUAGCCUUAGUCUAAUAAAAUCGACUACCACUUUUGUGAGUCUGACAGGCCGUAUUUUUAUAUGGCCCUUUAUGGAAUGGAUUGUGUUGAAUGGGAUAGUACUGCCAUCGCGUUGAGCUGGCCUAGCGAUUGAGGGACUGUGUAACACAACUUUCCCUCGGCUACUGUGCAGCAGAUCGGGGCAAAAGAUGGGAAGACAGAUGGGGUCAGACAGAAGGACCUCCUGGGAAAUAAGCAUAUGUAUUCCACUUUCAAAUGCACAAGGCCUCCGCUGGGUUUCGGCUUCAUUAGGACUGAGAUUUUUGUUGAGCUCUUUCUGGGAAUUUGGGCAUGAACGACAUCCAGGCUCUGGACAUUCCCAGCUCUCUCCGGAGGGUGCCACUUUCUCAAGAUGAAAACUGUGACUGAAAAAAAAAAUUAAUAAUAAAUGUUUCUGAGCUGCCUGUGUUCUCCCUGGGUGGGUGAGAGAAGGGACUAGACUCCUAAGCCUGCCUCAGAUACAGGAGGCAUCACUGGCUCAGAUUUUAAAGAACUUGAAAGCAAGGCUUUGGCCAAAAUUCUGAGACCCCAAUCACUUUACCUUCCUCCAAAUUACCCAACAUACGGUAAACAACAUUUGUGUAGAGAUAUGUAUGUAUUUAGUUCAGGUUGACUUGUGUCCUUAUAAACUCUUACUCGAAUGAUUUGAACUUUUACGUGACUGUCUGGAAUUUUUUUCCAAAGCUACAAGCAUGGCCGCCUGUGGUACCGAGGUGUUGCAAAACGAUAUCUGUGUUGCGCUUCCUGUUUUAACCUACCUCGUUUUGUUUGUUUUUGUUUCACUGUCCAUCACAGCAGUGUUAUCUCCAGGAGACAUAUAGAGAGCUCAACUGGCAAUCUCAGGUAUAUUCCAUAUUUUUAAAACCAAACAGUAGUUGAACAAAUUAUCCUCUUAAAAAAAUUUGGGAGAAAAAAUUUAAUGACAAAAACCGAUGUGGCUUAUUUCUAGAGAAAACGAUUAUUGUAAUUGGAUCCAAGAAAAAGAACACCUAUGAUCCUAUUGAUUUUGCCUAAAUACAUGAGCAGCUGAUGUACUAUUAAUGAGAACGUAAUACCCAUUACAAAAAUGGAGCCAUUUCAAUCUAGUGGUUUGGGCAAGGAGGGGAAGAGACGGGGAAAGAUUUUGGUUUCUGAGGUAGAUCAUUAUGCCCCUCCUGGAAAGGUAGUUGUCGUUUGCACUUAUUUUAAGCAGGUAACACCCAGGAAUGUCACUGAGGAUUAUCUUCAAGCAAUCACCAAGAUCUCCUCAUUAUGGUCCCAUUAGCUCUCAAAGCAAUGAAAUCCUCCCGUUCUCAUUUUUACUGCUAUUGUUCUGCUCCGAACAACACUUUCUUCACAAAUUCCAUGCAAAAAAUUCAGCAAUUACUUUUUGGAUUGAAUAUAGCAACUACUGUAAUUGGAUGCUGAAGUGGACAAAAUAUAUUGAUUUGGGUUUGGUCCCCGAAUGUGAUUGCCCCCAGCUCUUUAUAUUGCUGCUGUGGUAUUUUAAACCAGAAGCUUCUUUAAAUUAUGUUGCAAACUGAUCUUUGUUUUUAUGUUUUGUUUUGUUUUUAUUUCUAAGUGAUAAGUCUGAAACACACAGCUUUAAAUGAUUUUUUUAUUGUGGGAUUUUGGGUACAGUUAAGAAAUAAAAGGGAAUCAUUGUGUUUCAACAUAAGGUAGUUUGUGAAUGUAUUUUUUAAAAUCUAGAUUCAUUGAAACAAAAAAAAUCAUAAGAAAACAAUAUUAAUGCAGUCUUGUUUACAGUAUGUACAGUGACAUAACAUAGAACAUGAGCUUUUCUGGUGCCAACAACAAUAAAACACAGACGUUAAACAUCAAGCUAUGCCUUUUAUAUUUUUGUACAAAUAUUUUACACUGAAUACAAGGCAAAACCAAUAUUUAAAAGGGCCCCCCCAAAAUCAUUGCUUCUUAAAAUGCAUUUUAAAAAUUCCUUGAAGCUUUUAUCUUCAAAAAUACACUUUUCUCCAGCAGGACAGACCUAGCCCUGACACAAGGAGGCCUAAGUCAUACAAAAUAUAUCAGAAUGGUGUCCUUGUGGUUUAUACAAUUCCAAACUUUUUGGUUUGCUUUAAUUACUUUUUGGGGGGAAGGUUGCUUUUCAUCUAUUUUAUAGUAUCUCCAUAAAAAAUAUCUUUAGUUUUUAUCUUUUUAUAGGUGAUUUUAUCUCUGAAAAUUGGCUCAUUUUAUUAUUAUUUUUCCUACAAAGAGAAACUGGAGAAACUGAGCCCUCCCCCCAAAUAAGUUUCACUAGAUCUGCCAGUUCUUACUGCUCUAAAUUGGUCACCAUCCAGUCAAAUCCACUGAGCCUGUUCACACUGUAGAUUUGGUCUGGAGUCUGGCAGGUGACCAUCAUCCCUGGGUGCCAGAUGUUGCAGCAUGGAUUCCUGCAUCUAGUCAGUGGUAGGAAUGGAUGACCAAUAAGGUUCCUUCGAAUAAUGAGUCUUCCCCCUGCCAGUUCCAGUCAGACCAUUGUCAUAGCAAGCACGCAGUGCCCAAAGAAGACAGCAUGCACCAAGUUCCACAUAAAAUCUAAUGGCUCUAUUUAGAUAGGUAUCAUUAUUUUUCUUGGAGACUUCUAAACAAUGCUUCAAGAAGACCUAGAACUAUUAUUUAUUCAACAGGGUAGAUAAGAUAUGGAUAAAAUCUCACAAGGCCACUUGGACAGGUUCUCCAUUUUUCUAACACUUUGACAUUGUUUUUCUAAGGCACUCCUAACAUAACUUGCAUCAAGUACACAUUUUUUAAAAAACGUCUUAAUUCCCGGUUGUCGAAACCUACUAACAAUUUUUUGUCUGCUCUUGUGACUCAUUGGCAAUUGCUGUCUCUGGUCCCUCCUGUGCAGUAGAUUAGAAAGAUGUGAAAUUCAGGCCAGAGCCACUUUGGUUUUGUCCACUGGCAGAAAAGGAAGCGGCUAAUGUCUCAUAUUCCUUGAAGUUAAAGAAAAUGCUACUACUAUGUGUACCAGUUCUCGUCACUGUAUUUUUGAAAUGUGAAACAGCUCUUUGUGUUAAUAGUGUGUGCUGUCUUUGAAAGUCUGCUUGAACAGGCAUCACUUGCAUUUGUGCUGAUUGCUUUAAGAUUGUAAGAUGUGCUACAUCAUUUUUAAGAAAGAAGAUAGUUAUUGAUCAAAAUUUAAUUUUAACCUACUACAGGAAAACAUGAGAAAAUCCACAACAUGCUAAUGACAAUUCUGAAUGACCCUACCAUGCUCUUUAUAUUCCAAAAUCUCCUCUGAUACUAUGUUCUGACCAUCUUAACAGUUUCAGUAUAUUACUAGUUAUCUUUUAGGUUAUUCCUUAAACAUUUAAAUCUAACCAAAUCAAACAAAACAUAACAUAACCAACCAGCCAACCAAAAGUUGACCUCCCCUGAGACUAUAUAGUUGCACCAUAAAUCUAAAAUUCAAAAGUCUAAAUUUGAUUUAAUUUACCUGCCAAUAAUAUGUCUCAUAAAUGCCACACUACAUUUUGGCCUUGGUCCGUAUAGCAAUAUCAGGAACCCUGGAGUGAGCUGUCUCUGGGUCUCAGAUAAAAUGGGCAUAAAGUGUUCUUUUUUCAGGAGCCUCAGCAAGGAAGAAAACCUCUUGUGAAUUCGCAAGCUCAAAGUUGACAAUUUGUAUAUUUCUACCAAACAUUUUCUAGUGUUGUUUUGAUUUCUAUACUGUAUCAUUUUUCUGGGAGUUUUCCCAUAGAUAACUAGAAUAUUCAACAAUUUGCAUAGCAUUAAACAGUGUGAGAACAUGACCCUGUACUUUGAACUUUAUUCUUCUAGACCGCCUAUUUCAGGAAGUGCCAGAAUACAACAAGAUAAAAAUCCCAAUAGGAGCAUUUUUAAACAAAAAUCCCUGGAUAAGAUUUGAGCUAUUUUAAAUUCAGAUCAAAAUCUUGAACUCUGUAUCCAUGAUGACAAAUAUUUGGAUAAAAACUAGAAAAUAUAGUUAAAAAUGCAGACAUUCUAAAGUUUCUAGAUUUUUAGUUUGUGUAGAUAUCUUCAAACUCACUCACUCUUUGCAUGAUAGGGUUUGAUUGUGAUGGUUGAUUUUUAUCAGCACCAAGUUGCACUACUGAGCGCAUUGCACUAUUGAGUCUGAGCAAAUGCUGGUGGGCAGGUGAGUCUUCAUUUCCAGUAAUGAAUCAUUAUUUGUACAUAACACAUACCCAUGCCCCAGAUGGCCCUUUCCCUUACCUUUUCCCCUGGGAUUAGUGUUAAGAAAUAGUAAUACUUAUGGUUCAUUUAAAAAAUCUCAGACAUUACCCUGAGUCAGAAUUUCAGGAGGGGAAAAAAAAAAAAAAAGAUGACAGCUUGGAUGAUUUAAAAUUGGAUGUUGUAAAACUAUUUUUGGAUGUUUUAACUGCCUUACUUAUAAUGUUAACGCUACUGUAGAGAGAUGCCAAAUCUAUAAUAUUAGAAGAGAAAAUUCAUUUUGCUGUGCCUGCAAUUGUUUAUAUUUUUUAAAUCUCCAGUUUUGAAAAGUGUUUUAAAUUCAAAAAUCUAGCUAAAACUGGAUAUAGUCUCACUUGAGUGAGGAAAAAAGAAGAAAAUCUCCCCGGCAUAUUUUCCAGUCUAAAACUUUUGGUUACUUUCAAGUAUUUUUUUUCCCUGCAACAUAAAUCAUUCAGGAAGCACCUUCUAUAGUCGUUUCAAGCAGUAGUUAGAAAUGCUUUGGUAGGCUCUAAGCCAAGGUUUUCCCAUACAGUUAAUGCCAUGCGCUGGAAUAUAUUAUAUUAUCUCUGUCAAAAUGUGAAUAAUAAAACAUUAAUAGAGGGAU